UUUGAGGUCUUUCCUGGCUCCAUACAAAUUUUAGGAUUGUUUGUUCUAGUUCUGUGAAGAAUACUGGUGUUAUUUGGAUAGGGAUUGCUCAGAAAAGUUUUAAAGCAAGGAUGAGUAGUACCAGACCAUAUAUGUCAAAAUCUUAUGGCUGUUAUUGUCAUCUUAGACUAUGGGGAGGACCCUGGAUAGUUUUCCCAAAUGGUCAUGUCUUGACCUCUCAGGUGUCUGUGUUGUUAGGAUCUCAGCUAUUCUCUUCAUCUAAAAGACAUUUCUAGAUUGCCUUCAAAAUAGAGGCAUCAACUACUGAAUUUUUCUCUGAACACACUACCUUUUGGAACUGCAAUGUGAUCCUUCAGGGCCUCCUUCUGCCACGAAAUACUGGCUGGGGAGGUGGGGGGGCGGUGGUGAUAGUGGUGGAAGCAUUCAAUUAAGUGAUGAGCCAGUGUCAUCUCUGUGGAGGACCCCAGCUUCCCUUAAAACCGGUGGCGAAGCUUGUACCCAGUAUAAGGUAAUGAAGUAUAGCCGAGAACCAUGUAGUAAUUAUCUUUUAUCCCUCGAGGAUCUCAGAGAUUUGUGUCCCGUUUCUCUUUCCUGUUACGGAGUAUAGUGAAAGCAACAAAUUUUGGAGACAAAGGGACCUGGCUUUGGUCUUAGCGGGGCCACCGCCAGAACUACAGCCACAUUUGUGUUUUCCUGUAAUGUGUAGUGUGCUGUGACUGAUUGGACUUAAGUAUGCACAACAUUGGGGAUUAACAGUUGACACAUAAGCAGGUAGUUACUUCAAGUCAACUUUUAGGAAAAUCCUGUUUUGCGCAAGUAUUAACACAGGGGAUGGCGACGAUUCUGGGCUCGGAAACACCCUUUUUCCACUUAGCGUUUGGAAAAGGAACGUAAGGCCGAAAGGAGGUCUAACGCCCACCAGCAGGCACCGCCCCCCCUUAGCCCCACCCCUACCAAGGCCCCGCGUCCUUGCUAUUGGUUCCUUUCGCUGCGCCGUCCGUUGCCGUGGAGACCAAGGCUAUGGCAACCAGGAGAAGCCAAACUUGGUCCUUCCUCUGGAACCGCGAGGGCUCCAGGACAAGGGGCUGGACUCCGCGCGGAGUUCAUGGCGCUCUACGAGCUUUUCUCUCAUCCGGUGGAGCGCGGUUACCGCGCGGGGCUCUGCUCCAAGGCCGCGUUGUUCCUGCUGCUGGCCGCCGUGCUCACGUACAUCCCGCCGCUGCUGGUGGCCUUCCGGAGCCACGGGCUUUGGCUGAAGCGGAGCAGCUACGAAGAGCAGCCGACCGUGCGCUUCCAGCACCAGGUGCUACUCGUGGCCCUGCUGGGACCCGAUCACGGCGGGUUCCUGGCCUGGAGCACGUUCCCCGCCUUCAACCGACUGCAGGGGGAUCACCUGCGCGUCCCGCUGGUUUCGACUCGAGAAGAAGACAAGAACCAGGAUGGGAAAAUGGACGUGUUACAUUUUAAACUGGAGCUUCCUCUGCAGUCCACGGAACAUGUUCUUGGUGUGCAGCUCAUCUUGACUUUCUCCUACCGAUUGCACAGGAUGUCGACAUUCGUGAUGCAGAGCAUGGCGUUUCUCCAGUCCUCCUUUGCUGUGCCAGGGUCCCAGCUCUAUGUGAACGGAGACCUGAGGCUGCAGCAGAAGCAUCCCCUAAGCUGCGGUGGCCUCGACGUUCGGUACAACGUGUCUGUAAUCAACGGGACCAGCCCUUUUGCCCGUGACUAUGACCUCACCCACAUUGUUGCCGCUUACCAGGACAGGAAUGUAACCACCGUCCUGAUGGACUCCAACCCCAUCUGGCUGGUGGGAAGGGCCGCCGAGGCUCCAUUUGUGAUUAACGCCAUCAUCCGGUACCCAGUGGAAGUCAUUUCUUAUCUACCAGGAUUCUGGGAAAUGAUAAAGUUUGCCUGGAUCCAGUAUGUCAGUAUCCUGCUUAUCUUCCUCUGGGUGUUUGAAAGAAUCAAAAGAUUUGUGUUUCAGAAUCAGGUGGUGACCACGAUCCCUGUCACCAUAAUGCCCCAGGGAGAACUGUAUAAGGAGCACUUAUCAUAAGAAGACCAUUUCUGAGAACUAAGCAGGACCCUGGCUACCUCAGCCUUGUCUUCUGGGAACGGCCAUCUUAAGAAAUUUUUGCAAAGAGCUCCUCAUGGACACGUGCCCGUGCGUGUCCUUUUCCUAUCAGAGACAAAGGACAAUCCGUUGUAAGUUUUCUCUACGCAAAUUCCAUGUCUUCUAAGCACCUCCACAAUCUUCAGGGACUAGUUUGUGGAAACAUCCAGAGGUUCCUGAAGGCUAUAAUUUGCUUUUUUUUUUUUUUUUUGCCUUAGACUUGAAUUUCAGGAGAAAACUGCAGUCAGUUCAGAACUCUUGGAAAGAGUCCCAUCUCUGGUCAAGCAAAGACUUUUCCUCUCUUGAACUGAGAAACAUGCUAUGCAUUUCUUCCCACUAUUGUAAACCACUUUUUACUCUUUCAGGCCUCUCUUGUGAGAGAUAUGCAAAUCAGUAGCACUUUCCACUCCUGAGCAUCUAAAUUUCCCAUUCAGAACUUUGGUUUCCAGAACUGAGAGGUCCUUGAGGGGGAGAAUGGGAGCGAGAGAAAGGGAGCGCUGGAGAGCACAUGCACGCACACGUGUCCGGUGGGCGACUCCAGGACACCGGGACCAUCCACCUGCCCUCAGGCUAACAGACAGUGGUCUGUCAUCAGCUGGGCUGAGCAGCCCUUUAUCCCUGCCCUGCUGUGGCUGGCUUUGUGCCCUGCCUUUUGCCCUGUCUGUGCCCCUGGAACAGCAGGCUGAAGCCAGAGUGCUCUUUCGUUCACAGUCCCCUCCGCAACAGUGGGGGAAGUAAGGAUUGUAACAACAGUUUCUUUCUCUCUGGCCCUUACCCAACAGCCUGGACACUUGCCACUCCUCCUCCUUGACAGCCCUCCCCCACUUCUUGAAAAGGACGCGGGUGACAGAGGACCUGUUGUUGGUAUUGGCUCCCACUGCCAACAACCACAGAGUUUGUUUGGAGGGCUAGCAGGAGACCCAGCUACUUGUAUUUCCCGUGAUGAAGGGACAGGGUGCCCGUCAGAGUGAGCAGCUUUGGGGAGAACGAACAAGGUGCACUGAGAGGGUAAAGAGGAUGCUUGCCCGCCCAGGACAGCCUAAUCCGGCCUGGUUGUUAGCAGAAUGACAAGCGGUCCGACAGGAUCAACCUCCUGCCUAAAUGAGUGUCAUCAGGAUGGGACUGCUGAAAUGGGCCUCUGUUGCACACGGAAGGCUAGUUCGCCGUUCCUGGCCUGAGGAAAUGAGCUGUCCUCAAAGGACAGAUGGAUCUGCUUUAUGAUCCCAAGAUGUCACUGGCACUGGAGACACGCCUGCUCUGAACCAUGCUUCAGGCCCACCCACCCACACACUCCUCUACACGUGUAUGCCUCAGUUUACCUUGGAGAUUCAGUUCUCAUUUCCAAAGCACCUUUUCUUUCAGGCUGACCAAGAUAAGAGUUUUGGAAACAGCCGCUUUGAAGUAUUCAAGCACAAAACUAGCUUAACACUGGCCCCUCUGCCUUGUCUUUUACUAUCUAGGGCUGUUUAUAUACCUACACAUUUUUUCUUGGGAUUUAAAUGAAAAAUGGUUUUUGGUUUGAAUCACAAAAAGGUAAGGAGAAACGGGAAGAUAGCUAAAGACAUGAAUUAACACCGCUUUGCAUUUUGUUAAAUUAUUUUCAGGCAGAACUUGUAUAAAGAACCAUGAUAUUUUGUACCUUUCUAAUUAAAACAUUCAAAAUGGAA